AUGACCCUCAAUUCCAAUUCAAGGGACAAGCCUUACUUCUUUCUACCCCGCUCGAGCUUUUCAUCGCCUCCUGCCGAGUGCGUUAAGAAUCUCACGAAAUGCUUGGGUGAUGAGGACACUGCUCUCAAGCGGCCUGUAGAUCGUGCAUACCAGGUUCAAGGCAACUGGUCAAGCUAUUGCAGAAGCCAUAACUUUAGACUGGAGGGCUGGCCAUGGUGGUCGGGAGAUCCUGACGAUCACAGGACUUACAAGCACGUGUACCAAUACGACCAACCCGAGUUUGGUGCUUUCAAUCUAAUGGACAUCCGCGGAUCGAACUUCCCACACAGCAAAGCGGCGAUCUAUAACAACAUGGAGGGGGGCCAUCACAGAUUGCUUCGUGGAGAGCUUCUGAUCCUUUUUCGGGUCUUCAUGGUGUCCUUCAUGGGCAAACGUGCUCGUGCCAUUGAAGCUUACUACGAUGGGCAGCUCCUGAUCCUGAGGCGCACAGCCUUUUACAAUUUUCCGGCACAAAUCUCUCCUGCUUUCAAGGAGCUGGGAGAGUGGUACUACGGCAAUCCAACGGGGAAUACCCUCUAG